AUGGUCUUGAUCGCGACUGGCGGUUUCGAAAGGAGAAUCGGUGGUCGGUCUUCACCAGUGGAGAUGAUCGAUCUUGACAGAGGAGCAGAAACGGAAAAGGUAGAAGCUAUUCGUGAAGAUUUGCUUCACGCGACAAGAAGAGACGUAGCAGAUAUUCUUUUCCAUUGUGUGGCAAACUCGUAUUUUCGCACGAAGGAGACGGUGACCAGAACCAGUACAAAAAGAUGGCACUACCGAGACAUUAAGAAGACACCACUUCCGGUUGGUGAGUAUGCGGUCGAUCUCUGCUCUAGUCGUGCCAUUGGGCGAUUCGCAUAUCCACCGAUGAUGGUUUUUCUUCAUGAAAAGAAGAUUCCGAUAAAAGAGGCGAAUGGCGGACAACAGCCAGAUGAGGCGAUUGCCGUUUUCAUUCCGGACACCCAGUCCAAAUCUUCCGAUCCUGCAUUUCUCUUCUGUGACCUUUUCUUAUUUUGCGUUGAGGAUUUCGUGAGAAUCGACAGAAUAGACGACAGAUGGGUGCACAACAAAGCCAACAUCGCCUACAUUGGCGACGAAAAUUUCUCCCCGCAAGUGACGAGUGUGCCGUCAUUCAUUUGUCCAUCGGUGAAUCUUUGCUGUGCACGCCACAAAGAUUGUUAUAGUUCGCGUAAAGGAUAUCAACCUUGUAACGUUCAACUAUGUUUGUGCUUGCAGAGACUUAUUACUAACAAUGAUGAUAUUUGUGGGCACAGAAUAUAUAGAAGCUGCACGAUCGCACGAAUGUUUGGACCGACAGUAUACACAAAUCGGCCUGAACUUAGCUCCAAACCCGUUUAUCCUGAAAGGCUCCAGAAAGGAAUUGUCGAUCAUUUUUACGAAGAGUGUGGUCAGCUAUCCCAUACGCAGAACGUAUGCGCUACAUAUUACAAUGAUUGCUUGAAGAAAGAAGACGUUACAUAUUGCGAAAACUAUCUGAAGGACUGCUCCAAUCGAUGUGUUGCAACAAUAAAUACCACCAAGGCUUGCAGCAUUGCACUGGAAUCGAUGUUGAACAAACUAGGAGUUCCGAUUGGAGCCAGUGCUGAGGAACCCGUGGAAGUUUUUUCAACGAAACAAUUUCUGUCCACACCACAUACGCAUGAGUUUUCACAUGACGCAACGCUUUUACACAAUGCCGUUCUUUAUGGAAUUAUUUUUGUGCUCUGCGGUGUUGUGUUGAUUCAAUGUAUUUUUCUAUUUCUAGUACACAAUCGAAUUGGAGCUUUCAAACGAGAAAUUGUAGAAAGUAAAGAACCAGGAGUAAUACGUAGGAAGUCGUCUACAGCUGCUUCUGCUCAAAGCAGCAGCUUGACUGCUGCGUCGAAAUCGAAGGAAAAUGUAGAGAAGAAGUAA